CAUACGCUGAGUUCAUGCUGGUAAAGCGCGCCAACAGCAUUUGGUAGGAAGUACGUUGUGCUGAAAGAUUAUCAAACUUAUUCUUUUUAAAGAAUAUGCCGUCCACAAGCAAAGCGUCCUUACCUUCUAGAAACUUGCCGUGGGUGGAGAAGUACAGACCACAAACACUGGAUGACCUGAUUUCGCAUCAAGACAUCCUGAGUACAAUUCAAAAGUUUAUUAGUGAAGACCGUCUUCCACACCUCCUCUUCUAUGGACCUCCUGGUACGGGAAAGACCUCCACCAUUCUGGCUUGUGCCCGGCAACUAUAUAAAGAUAAAGAAUUUAAUUCUAUGGUCUUGGAGCUGAAUGCAUCAGAUGACAGAGGAAUUGAUGUUGUACGAGGACCCAUCUUGAGUUUUGCCAGUACCAGGACCAUUUUCAAGAAGGGUUUCAAAUUGGUUAUACUCGACGAAGCUGAUGCCAUGACCCAGGAUGCACAGAACGCUUUGAGACGAGUCAUUGAGAAGUUCACAGAGAACACCAGAUUCUGUCUGAUCUGCAACUACCUCUCCAAGAUCAUCCCUGCCCUUCAGUCACGAUGCACCAGGUUCCGCUUUGGCCCCUUGUCCCAAGAUCAGAUCAUCCCACGACUGGAGCAUGUUAUCCAGCAGGAGAGCAUUGACAUAACACCAGAGGGAAUGAAGGCUGUUGUCAUGUUAUCCACAGGAGAUAUGAGAAAAGCACUGAACAUCUUACAGAGCACCAGCAUGGCAUACGGGAAGGUAACCGAGGACACGGUGUACACCUGCACAGGCCAUCCACUCAAGUCUGAUAUCGCUAACAUUCUGGACUGGGCCCUGAACAAGGACUUCACUUCCGCAUAUAAGCAAAUUCUGCACCUGAAAACGCUCAAGGGCUUGGCACUGCAAGAUAUCCUGAGCGAAGUCCACCUCCUCAUACACAGAGUGGACUUCCCACCAUCCAUCCGAAUGGGCUUGCUCAUUAAACUGGCAGACAUUGAAUACAGGUUAGCUUCUGGAACCAGUGAGAAGAUCCAGCUGAGCUCUAUGGUUGCUGCUUUCCAGUCAGUUCGGGACAUUAUGGUUGCUGAUGCGUAGACACUGCCUUGUG